AUGGCUACUCCAAACCCUCUUCAAGAUCCCCCCUCAGAAACACCUCCUUCUGUCUCCAUGAAGACCUUCCAUAUUGCCGGAAUCCUAGCAGAUGUAUACGGUCUCGACGAAGUAUCGCCAUCCUGUAAAUCAAUCUCAUGUCUCUGGCUUCUCCAUCCUCGACUGCAGACAAAAGAACUCAUGGGGACAGUGGCCUCCACAUGCAUCAGUGAUUGGAACCAGCGCGCCCCAGGAGACCGCAAGGUCGGACUUAUUGCAUUAGCUUUUGAUCAGAGGAAUCACGGGACUAGAGAGGUCAAGGCAAUUGCAAACGAGGCGUGGAAAUCAGGGAACGAGACUCACGCACAGGAUAUGUUCAGUAUUUACCACGGUACUGCUCUUGAUACCAGUCUCCUGAUAAACCACCUGGGCUCAUAUGUCUUCAAUGAGCCAGAUGCUCCGCCAAUCGAGCAACAUCUAGUUAUGGGCAUUUCAUUAGGCGGGCACGCUGCGUGGCAGGUUUUAUUCGGAGACCCAAGGGUGACGGCAGGAGUUGUGGUUAUUGGUUGUCCGGACUAUAUGAGAAUAAUGACCGAUCGAGCCCGCCUCUCCAAACGCUCCACCUUCACCACCACCGAGGACACCCCCGAAGCAUCCUUCCUAGGCAGUCCCGACUUCCCCCGCUCCCUCAUCACCGCAUGCUCCAAGCAUGACCCCAAAGCCCUCCUCUUCGGCACCUCUCCCAUCCCCCCUUCCUCCUCCUCUUCCCCUUCACCUCCUCCUCUCUCAACCUCGGAACAAAACCGCAUCCGCCCCCUUCUCAACACCUCGCUAUCAGGAAAACGCAUCCUAGUCUGCUCCGGCGGCGCAGACAAGCUCGUACCGUACCAUUGUUCCGAGCCUUUCCUGCGCUUCUUGAAAGACGCUACGGAGACGGGCGGCUGGUAUGCGGAUGGGGACGUGGUGCUUGAGGAUCGGGUUUAUGAGGGGGUUGGACAUGCGUAUAGUGAGGGCAUGGUGAGGGAUACGACGAGGUUUGUUAGGGAUGCUUUGGUUGAUGGGGCGAGGGUUCCGAUUAGUUCAAAUUUGUAG